AUGCCACAAAUAAAAAAUGUAUCACCGCCUAAGAAGACUACCCUUCCAAGAUCGAUUUCGAAUAGUGGCAUCCCAGCUGCAUUACGAAUCCACACUCCCUCCGACGGGCUUUACAAGAUAAUAUCUUGGGAUUUGGGUACCGGAUACACAAGUAUACACACUGCAGAUAUCGAGGUCAAGUCAGAGGAAUUUAUAAAUUCGAAAAGCAUUGUCCCAAAGCAUUUUCAUCGCUAUCCUCAGAAUCCAAAUCACCGACCGGAGCACACAACAGAAGUCCCCACAGUAUGCGCCCACAUUCCCGGCGAGAUAGAUGAAUCUAAGGCUCAACAUAGAUACGAAGUCGACUAUAUAGACGGAGAGACUGGGGCAGUGGUUAUUGACACCAUGAAAGAGGCGUUGUAUUUUAGAUCAGAAGCAAUGCAACAAAACAAGGCUCUCAAAGAUUUUGCACUCGAAAUUCCCUAUCUUGUGUCUCGAUACAAAGAUACUCAGCUAGCAGCUCACCCAGAGAUCUGGAUGUUAGCUGAUUACAUCCUUUGGCUUGCCCAACUGGUGAGAUUAGCCGUUAUCGAGGAAGGCUUCCAAGGAAAUCUAAUCUGGAUUUGUACUAUUCCAUCAAAUUGGAACAAGCAUAACAUCAAAUUGUAUACCCUUGCUCUGGAUGCUUCUCCACUUCUUGCUGGUAAAUACAUACUUCAAUCGGAGAUAGAGAGUGCUAUCGCAGGACUGGUACAUCAACCCCUAAAACAGUUGACAAUGAAGGAUAGCAGCGUCUUCUUCGGACUUGACGUUGGUAAAGGAACAUCUGAUUUCAGCGCCUUUCGCCAGAUACGUAGUGAUCCGGUACAAGUUGAAGAAAUUAUGCCGCCUGCUGCAUUAUUUGCAGGGUCGAGUACUGUACUACGGCUUUGGGAAUUGCAUAUCCAUGAGCUAUGUAGCGAAGAGACUAAAGAAGAUCCUCAUCGUUUCAAAUCAGAACUAAAAGCCUGUAAGAAGGCAUUCACCGAAAGAAUGCACGGGUACACAGGACUGUCUGGAGAGGAAACGGAUAAGAUCUAUUACAUCUGUGGGCAAGAUAUCAAAAUCACAACAAAUCAAAUGAAAUCUUGGUUUGAUGAAUGGAUGCGUCUCACAAGAGAGUUUCUUAUCAAACAAUUCGAGAAAUAUUGCACACAACUUAAUCGCCCCCCGCCUUUGAAGUUUUUCCUGAUGGGAGGGUCUAGCAAUGCUAUAGUUUUGCAAAAAUGUAUAAGAGAUCUUCUUAGGACGCCGUCCUUUCGCAACACAGAGCUCGUUCUUUUGGGAGAUUUCAAUAGUGCGACACUUGUGGCUUAUGGGGCUACAAUCCGGGCUGUCACGUCUGUCAUGUCGGUUAGAAAGAGCCACUAUUGGUUAGGAUUUGCAAGGAAGGAACUGUAUAAUAGGAAAAAGCACACCGAUGUGCUUGAUGCAGACAUUGUGAACGAAGAUAUCCUGGAUGAAAAUGGCAAGAUGAAAAUGAAAAAGCAGGUAAAGACUAUUCAGUGGUGGGACCAACCAGGGGAAAGUUGCACGAUUGAUGGUUCUAUUGAUCAGAUGCCUUUUAUCAAAAUGCUAGAAUACUUCGAUGAAGAGGGACCUGCGAUAGGUCAACCUACAGAUUACACAGUGCCUAUUUCAGUAUUAAUUUGUUCAAGUUUGGGCGAAUCGGAAGUUAUGGAUAACGACAGGGACGAUAUCGCGAACGGCGGCGCUGGAAAAAGAGGCUGGUCUUACCAGAGUAUAAGGCCGAAAAUAGAGGAACUCGACUUCGAAAUCGAUUUUAGUCCCAGCAUCCCUAACCCAUUACUCAUCGCUAGCGACCUUGUCUCAGUCGGUGGAGUUUAUGAAGUCAAUUGGACUAUUUUUGCUGACUACAGUGAUGAUCUUCAGAUGAAUUCACGAAGGGCACACCGAAUUUUGUUUACAGAUCUUGUCGGAGUAAUUCAGCAAUCUUAUGAUGUUGGUAAUGAUGAGACAGGAAAAUAUGUGAGGCAGAACAGCCAAGACGAGGAGGCUAUACCAAAAAGACUGGAAAGGAACAAGACUGACAAUGAUGGAAGUGGCGUUGUGCAACUCAAUGCUACGAACGAAACAAAAGACAAAAGACAAAAGACAAAAAGACCAUCUUCUCAAGCUAUAAACUCAAAUAAUGAACUUUCAGCAAGACUGCAAGAAGUAAAGGAUACAACGAUGAAGGACACGCCAGCAUCUGCCAGCUUGGAGUCAGAAGACCAGCCUUCAAGAUUCCAAUCUUUGGAAGAACAGCCCAAGGAAUCGCAAUCAACGGAAAAGCCAGAUUUGGAUGGGAGUACAGAAGAAGAAUCCAUCUCCAUCAACCCUGAAGUUUUACUGAAAAGUAUUUCUGAUUCCAAUACAACCAUACCAAAACCAGUUUUGGAGGAUCAUGCAGAUGAGGACGAGUAUAAUGAUGCAAUGACGGAAUACAUCGAUCAACUUCGACGCGAGGAAUUAACCAGGCUAUAA